AUGAAAACCCCAAAGCUAAACACAAGGCCUCUCAGGCUCUUAAAAAAAUGGGGCAAUUCACCCACCGCUUGGAUCAGACACAACCUAUUUUUGCUCGGCUACGAGAAAGUUCGAUUUUAUGCCUAUCAGAAAUUAUCACCUCUUGCCAUUCAAAAAGGGGGAGGAUUUAUAAAAUGUGUGGUAGCUGACUUGAACUCGUUUGUGAAGAGAGAGUGGGCUAGCGAAGGAGAAUUGUUUCUGAAAAUCUGUAGCAGUGUGCAUUUUUUUGAGGAUGCCAACAUCCCCGAUCUGAGACUGUUUUUCACGUCUGUGGGUAGCAUGAUGCUUUCGGGUAAGGAGAAAAAUGUACGGAUCAUAACAGAUGAGCUCUUGGAACUAUACAUUGAGAAACUCAGAGGGAAGAUCUCGCUUGAUACACCAGCCAGCAAGAGUGAGCGCCAAAUCUUAAAGAUCUCCACAAAUUACUACCAGACUUGCAAGAUUAACUACCGCACGCUAUAUGACCCAAAGAUUGGGCCUCGGUCUAUCACUAUUGGAGAUCGGACGUUUUCAAUCAAGCUACCCCCUUUGCCUCAAAUUUCUUCAAAACAAUUACUAGCUCGAGCACUUCUACACAAGGAAAUGUACCCUGCUCUUAUGCUGCCUGGCCAUACUGUUCACGACCAGUUGUCGCGGUCCCAAAUUCUUAUGGCACCCGCCACAGCUAAAGUGCUCCGAUAUGAUUUGCUGUUUCUAGACGGUCUAGGUGAUUUGCUUAUCGCUUCAGAGUCAUGCCAAAUUCUCUAUCAAUUCCGCUUGCUCCAUCCGUACUCGAGUGACACCUCCUUUGGCAAGAAAACUUUCACGUUGCUCAAAAACAUCCUCGGCACCAACUCUUUAUUGCUGCGACUUGCCACAGCAUACAAUAUGCAUCUUGCUUUGGAAGACCCCACAGUUUCCACGUUGCUCAGAGAAUCCUAUAUCCCCCAGACAUUUGCAAAAGCAACAGCGGAUACCGAUAUUGGCCAAUACGAAGAAGAGUUUCUUGCUGACUAUUUCGAACAGUACUCGGGCGCAUUGUUCCUCGAUCUGCCUGAAGCUGCCAAAGAAUGGUUGAGUGAAUUAUUCGAAAGAAUUCUCGCCCUGAUCUCAGACACAUAUCGCAUAAAUCAUAGAAGAGACGCAAACGCUCUGUUUGACUAUCGAGCAUGGAGCGUGGACGUCAUUGGAAGAUCCAUCUGA